AUGUCAUCGUCACCCUCAUCAUCACCAGCUUAUGAAAAUGAAUCGAAAUCAAAACGACGAUCAAGUAUUACUCGUAUUAGUAAUCAAUGUCGACAAAUAUUGGCAUCCCGAAAACAACAUAUUUAUUUAAGACGUCAAUUUCGUAAAUCAUCAACGUGUGAUAUAUCAACUGAUGAAAUUUUAUCAAAAGCAAAUAGUUUUGAAUCUACGAAAACUUCACCAAUGAGUCGAAUACGUCAUGCUGGUACAAGACGUUUUUCUCUUGUUAAACUUGAAUUACCAUCCGGAGAUUCAACAACAGAUGAUUUAAAAACUUCAACAAGUCCUAAUCUUAUUCAAAAAUUACUUUUUCGACAAUUCAGUCCAAAAACUCGUCCUUAUUCCAUGACCAUUCCUUCUGAUAACAAUGCAUCUACAUCAACAAUAUCAAAUGAUACACUUCAUAAUUAUGCAAGUGCUGGACGACGAAUAACUACACCAACAGCAUCAAAAAAUUCAUGGUUGAGUUCAUCAUCAUCAUCAAAUACCAGUAAACAAAAUAAUGAGAUUGGAGAAAAUUUAUUAACACCACCAAAUAUAGUAUUACCUAAAAAUCAACAAUCAGAAUUAACAUCUUAUUUAUCAAGACGACGUAAUACAACUGGAAGUAUUUCAUUGAAUAAAGUUGUAGAUUUAAAAAAUACGACAAGUGGAAAUGUAUUAAAAUUAGCAAAUGCUGCAGCAUUAAAUAUCUCAAAUAAUAAAUUAUCAACUGAAAAUAUUUUUCAAAUUGUUGAAGAUUCUGAUCUAUUUACAACGAAACAACUUUUACAAGCUAAUGAAAAUCUUGUUAAUUCGUACAAUGAAUAUGAUUGGUGUCCAUUAGAUAUUGCUAUAAUGUUAAAUAAUAUUCCAAUGAUUCAACUUCUAGUACAAUAUGAUGCAGAAGAAAGUUCGAAAAUUCAACCAGAAGAAUGUCGUUAUCAAAGUGUUUGUCAUCAAUUAACAAUUCUAUCUCAACAAAAUCCUGAUGAAAUUCUAAAGAAAACUUCAUCAAAUAAAUUAACAAUGGAUGAUGUUCAGUCACGUCGUUUAUCACCAUCAAAUGAAUUCCAACCACGUCAUCGUCGUACAAGUAAAGGGCAACAAGAGCAAUUACAAAUUCUUCAACAACAACAACAAUUCUAUCAGCAACGAACAUUAACGUUGACUCAGAUGAAAGAUAAUUAUGAACAAGCAGGUAAGAAGAAGAAGAAAAAGAAGAAAAAAAAACUAGAUAAAAUCCUAAAAGCAAAAAAACGAUUGAACUCAAAAACUAACAAGACAUCUGUUCAACAAUUUUAUGUUUUCUCAUUUCCGCCUCGUUGUUUUUUUUUACAACAAUCAAUAUAA